CCUUAUUAGCUUCCCAUUGAGUCUCUCCCUUCAAGUUCAACAUCAACUUUUGAACUACUACCACUGUUUUUUCACCAUGGGAGACAUAUUCAAAUGUUAGUGAUUUUAACUUUUAAAAGUUCUUAGGACUGAAAUCGUAAAAGGCAGGUAGUCUGAGGCAUCCCGUAUUCACGCAUGCGUACUUUAAGAGGUGUAAUAUAGACAGUCUACUCAUUAGCAAGCAUUAAUGACUGUUUCUACGGCUCGAAAACGUGACGUACAAGUCACACAAAGAUAAUUUUUUCCUUCAAUUUUUUUUUAAAUUUUUUUACACAUAUAUCUUUUGUGUCGAAAAAUAUACAUUUAGUUGUACGCAUUAUCAGAAGGCUCCAUCUACCUCUGCUAACCAGCACUACCAAGUACCAAUCCAGCACCACAAACCAAAGGAAAACAACCCACCAUUAUAAUCAACAUAUACUUCCGUUUUCCCUCCCAUAUAUCUUCAUCUAUACAAAUUAUCAAACCACUCAACUUCCAACUUCCCCUCAUUCUCAAAGCAAUAUAAUGUCCCUUAACUGUUUCUUCUUCUCCUUCUUUAUUGUUCUUUACAUCAGCAAUCUAACUGUAUUACCUGCCUAUCCGGUUUUACCCGAACCCGACCCAACUGAGUUGGAUCCUCAAAUACUCUCACCUUCCCCUUCACCACCAUCAACAAUUCCAGCUUUCCCGGAGCAGUCAAACAUUGAUAGUUGUCCUCUGGACAUGCCAGAAGAGCUUUACAAAGGGAUAAGAUCAGCGUGCAGGUCCAAUGAUCAUUCGGGUCAAAUAAACCCGACCCGUUGUUGCCCUGUUCUCGCUGCAUGGCUUUACUCGGCCUACUCAAGAACCGCACUUCACAAAGCCAUUGCUAAAUUCCCACAGUACUCAACGUCUGUUAACAUGCCUGUGCUCCCUGAUGAUUCUGAGACAUGUGUGAACUCUUUUGGAAAGGCUUUGGAAAACAGAGGUAUUGAGUUGGUGAAGCCAAAUGAGACUUGUGAUGUUGUUUAUUGUUACUGUGGCAUUAGGCUGCAUCCACUUAGCUGCCCAGAAGCUUUCUUUGUGAAUUCGCGUAGAGAAUUGGUUGGUGGUGAGAGGGUGAACAGAUUGGAGACAGAGUGUUUGAGCAGUAAUGGAUAUUCUGGUCUUGCUGAUUGCUCCAAGUGCUUGAAUAGUCUUUAUUUGCUUAGUGACAGCAAAUUGGAAAAUACAACCAUAACAAAGGAUAGAAGUAGAAAAAUGCACAGCAGGGAUUGCCAAAUGAUGGGUUUAACUUGGCUUCUCAACAAAAAUACAUCUGGUUAUAUUCAUACAGUUUCUGCUGUUUUAAGGGCUUUAAUGACGAGCAAAGAUGGUUCUGAUCCUCAGUCAUGCACGCUUAGCAGUGACGGCUUGCCACUUGCAGUCGACUCAUCAGAGAUCAACGAUCAAUCUUAUGCAACUUCUUUUCUGGCAUUGGUUUAUUGUUAUCUCAUACCAUUUGUUUUGGCAUGCAUAAACUUCAUAGCAUUCUUUUCAUAACAUUAGUUGAUCUCCAAAGACUUGUACUCUCGGGUUCGAGCCGUGGAAACAACCACUAAUGCUUGUAUUAGGGUAGCCUGUCUACAUCACGUCCUUUGGGGUACGGCCCUUCCUCGGACCCUACGUGAAUGCAAGAUACUUUAUGCAUCUGGCUACCCUUUGCCUCCUAAGACUUGUACUCAGAAAUGUACUUGCUGUUCAAAUGUCAUCUCAAAGUAAAUCCAUUACUCUGUAUUCAUUGAUUCAGGUCGUGAAAUUGUAAUUAUUUUGGUUGCUGAAAGACCUGCAGAAAAGAAUGUAGCUGUCAUUCUAUGUA